GUGGGAACAUUUGAUGAUCGAUGACAAAUGAAUUAGCCAUUGAGAGGUGAAUGUAAUUCACAUUCACUGAAAUGACGAUAUGGGAUUGUGAAACGUAUGUGUAAAUCAGAGGAGGAUACAGUCUGGUCCUCGGAGGGUUAACAUUUCACUUUGAGGGGGAGUUACCGAAGCUGCAGCAGCAGUAACAUCAGAGCGCAUUCCUCAGCAGAGCUGCCAACAUCCCGGGAAUAAGACCUGAACGUUCAACAUCUCACACCCACAGGGAUUAAAGACCGGGAAUAUACCGCACUCAUCUCAAACCGUAUCUUCACUGCCGGUUAGGAAUCAACUGUAGGAGUAUGCAAGGUUCUGCUCAAUCUCUACAUGAAGUGCGGGCACAGCUGAGCACAGUCCACUGCUGAGGCAAGCUGUGGUGCGAGAGGAGAGCAAGAGUGCUUCAACCAAUCCUGUCUUCACACCCGUUUUGCACAAGGUUGGACUCCAAACAUGUCUACGGAAGUGGAAACCAGCACACCACCGGUUGAGCAGGCAUUCAAGACCCCUUCUAAAAAAGAAAAGAAAAAGGCAGCAUCCAGCCCAGAGAAAACCGAUGAGUUCCUUCUAGCCAGAUUCAAAGGUAAUGGUCGAUACAAAGCCAAGCUGAUUGGUGUAGAUGAUGUACCUGAAGCAAGAGGAGACAAAAUGAGCCAAGACUCUAUGAUGAAACUGAAGAGCAAGGCAGCGGCUGCUCGCUCUCAGGGCAAACACAAGCAGAGAGUCUGGGUGAACAUCUCUCUAUCAGGAAUCACUGUUACUGAUGAGAAAACAGGGGCAACAAUACUGGAGCAUGCAGUGAAUAAGAUCUCCUUCAUUGCUCGAGAUGUUACAGACAGCAGAGCGUUUGGCUAUGUGUGCGGUGCGGAGGGCCAGCACCAGUUCUUUGCCAUUAAAACUGCACAGCAGGCGGAGCCUCUUGUUAUUGACCUGAAGGAUCUUUUUCAGUUAAUCUUUAAUAUGAAGCGAAGAGAAGUUGAGGGUUCAAAAAAGGAUGAAUCAAAUAAACUGAUGGAGAAUGGUGUCAAUGACAGAAAAGGUGUCGAACAGCUGGACCUGUUUGGAGACAUGUCAACCCCACCAGAUUUGAACUCUCCUUCGGAGUCUGAGGACAUCCUCUUGAUGGAUCUGUCCACUGAGAUAGACAACAAUCAAAACUGUGUUAAAGGAAACCCCUUUACUGCUUCUUCUGUCCCCAGAGCCCAAUCCAACCUCACGCCUGAGAACCCCUUUUCCUCUCAACCCAACUUCUUCCCCACCCCUAUCCAUGACCCGUUCAGCGAUGACCCAUUUUCCAAAACAACUGAUCAAUCAAACAGGGAAGACCCUGCCAUAGCCAACCACACUCCUAAUAACUUUUUCAAUGGUGGCCCUAAGAAUGGUGACUCUGACUACUUGGGCCAGCAGUUUGACCAGAUCUCCAACAGGACAGUCAUUCAGGCGCUCAGUAAUGGUCACUGGCCUUUAGAUGGCAGAGUUGUGGAUGCGACUGCCUGGACGCACAAUACUAACCCAGUUCAUGAGCAGAAUGGGAAUGGUAAGGUGACGCCUAAUCCAUUUCUGGGAGGUUCUGAGAAGAUGCUGCCAGCGCCGAAUGGGGUGAAGCAUGAGAAUGGAAGCAUGGGUGAAGCACCUGUCCAACAAGCCAAGGAUUCUGUUGUUAUAAGCCCUCCUCCACUCAAUAUGAAAGCUGGGAGGGGAAGAAGGAGUGUGAAGUCCCCCUCAAAUGAAAAAGUUGGGACAGAUCUGUUUGCUUCACGGAACCAAUCAGAAUCCCCGUCACCUCAACCUGAGAACGGCCUUGUCAACCCUGUCAAUCUGUUCAACAAGAGCCCCGUCUCCAAUGACACAAUCACAGCUCUUGAAGGGUUGUCUCUACAACCUGCACUCUCCAAUCCUGUGGCAUCUCCAUGGAAUCAGCCCCUCACUUCCAUGUUUCCCUGCACAAACAAUGUCUCUCAGUCUUUUCCACAAACACCAAUCUUCUCUAAUUCUUCUGCGCCUCCCUGGGGAACCGCUCCAGGAGUUUUUGGAACCUCCACCCCUACCCAGCAGCUUCCAUCAUGGAGUUCCACCUCAGUUACCAAUGGAUCAAAUGGAUCCUGGACCCAGCAUACAACCUUGGGGAACCCCUUCCAGACUGGCAUACUUACAUCAACUGGAAGUCUAUUGCCUGAUGGACAACAAAGCUCUAGUCCCCCUCCACAAGUCCCACCUCGAGGAGUAGUCACCAAAGAAGCUCCAAAGGUGGACAGUAAUGCUUUUGUUGACCUGGAUCCUCUAGGAGAAAAGGAGAAGAGAGACAUCAAGGACAUGUUUAAGAAUUUCCAGAUGGCUAAGCCACCUAAUGUGCCAGCCAGGAAAGAGCAAUUGAAGGUAGGAGGUCAGAACCCAUUUGACAGUUCCUUUGGAAAAGAUCUGUUUGGCACAACUGUACUCACCACUAGUGCUCCUCCCAUCACGGCAGUGGGAUUAGACUCUUUCCAAGCUCCGUUUGGAAACCCAUUCGCGUGAUAGCCACCUUGAUAAGCCCAUACGGUCCAAGUAAGGAUCAAAAAAAUUUUUUAAAGAAGAUCCCUGAUGUUUUUUUACAGCUUUAUGUUUUGUUGAGCUAUUUUUGCAUGGAUACAGGAGCUUCAUGGAUACUUCAUUUUAAAGUAGCAUUCCCAAUAAAGUGCAUCUUGAUCAAGAGCAGGUCUCUUAGCUCUGUACUCGCAUCCAUCCGUCUGGUCCCCUUUCCUUUUAUCAGCCAUAUACUUGGAUUCAUGUAGUGGAGUGUAAUGGACACUCUGAAAAUAAACCAUCACUCAGCGCUGGCUUCAUGUUAAAACUGUUUAUCAUAAACAGUUGCACAUUCUGAAAAGAACAAAAAUGUCUUUAAUGACAGCAUGGGUGAGAGCAGUUUGUUCUCUCCCUAAAAUGCACUCAAAGAAAUGUGCAUUUAUGUGUAUGAUGUAUUCUGCAUAAGCAGACAAUGCAUUGAUGUCUUGUUUGAACACCUUUUUUGCCUUAAUUGUAGUGUUUUGUUUGAAUUUAAAUGUUUACUUCUCAAUUUCCUACAUUUAUCAAAGCUUUAGGAUGUGAGUGGUCACAAAGUAACUUUCACAAACGUUUCUAUGACUUACAACUGAGGUAUAAACUGUAUCAGAUUGAGAUUUGUUUUUUUAUAUUGCUUUUGUUGAAUGUUUGUCACAGAUUAUGUCAAAGUCCAAACACAAGCUGAUCUAAUGGCCUGCAAAGAGACAAUGUACUGUAUAUAAUAUGUGUAGGAAUGCUAUGAUGUAAUAACUGUGCAAUCUACAGCUAAUGAUUUGCUUGAUAAUGAUAUAUGAUACAUACUGAAGUGACCUGUUCAUUAUGAAAGAACCUGGUUAAUUACACAGCAAUCAACCUGUAUUUAAUAUUUUCCAUGAUCCGUGAUGUUUUUCCUUGCUCUUUAUUCCAUUAUUUGUGAGGUGGUGAACUUGAAGCAUUUACUUAUACAGUAUGUAAGGUUGUUAAGUUAAAAGUUCUCUGCUUUUAUUUAGUCUUUACGUUUUAUUUCAGGAAUGAUCCUCGGUUGCUCCAUUGGCAUGUUGUCAGUGGUUGUCAGCUAUAGACGUUCUCAGCAGUAACAACAUAAACAAACGGCUUUCGUGGAACAAACGUAACUUCCGGUAAACUUCCGCAAAGAAGUCUCCCCUCAUCUUUAGGAAACCAAAACAUGUUGUAUUUGUUUCAGAGUUUAGUUUAGCCAUAAGCCAGAGCAUUAAACAAACAGACACCGGAAGUUAAGUUUCGCUCAGACGCGCAACCGCAACAUUGUGCGUGUGUACGAUAAAAACGUCUUUAAACACAUGAAAAACAGUAUAAUGAUUUCUGUAUUAAACACACAAAUGCUACAUCCUGGGGUUUAGGUGAUGCUGUGUAAUUUUAUGUUAUACAUGAUCAUCAAAAGUCAUUCAGGUAAUACAAGUUUAUCGAUGUCUCUAUCAAGAGCAUUGACAUUUUUUUGUUUUCAUAGUAGGCAAACAUAUGGUUUUGUGAGGCUAAACAGUGUAAACCUUGAAAGAUCACUGAAUGUGUGUACUGUACUGGAUGUUGUGAAUUAUAUGUGUGUACAUAUAUAAAUAUCUAUCUGCUCUGUUAUGCACUAUGCCAUCUCUACCUUGCGUUAAGGUGUUUAAAUUGUAGUCACUGCAAUAAACUGGAAUUGUAGUUAAAUAGAUUCAGAAUUGUCCUAUUUAUCUUUUACAAGCUUUGUAUUCAAGACCAGUUAGGUCUACUUCACAAUAAAGUGAUGACUGGUUUAAUGA